GCCUGUGUUAUUGGUGAAAGCUUACUGAACUCAGAAGGGGAAGAAAUGCUUAAAAAGGUCUGGCAACCAGAUGAUUCAGAAGGAUUCGAUCAGAUGAAGAAGUAGUUUUCACUGGACAGCAUCACUUUUUCUAAAUUGCUGGAACAUGAAAAGAAUUAUUCUCUUAGUGUUGGUUAUCUUGCAGUUGGAGGAGACUUUUGAAUGGGGUUUUAAGAAUGGAAUACUACACAACUCCAUCUGGUUAGAACAAGCUGCUGGGGUUUAUCAUAGAGAAUCUCGACUUGGGAAAUACCAGCUAACCUACCGUGAAGCUAAGGCAGUGUGUGAAUAUGAAGGAGGUCAACUGGCUACUUACGAACAACUAGAAGAAGCUCGGAAAAUAGGUUUCCACGUGUGUGCAGCAGGCUGGCUACACAGAGGAAGAGUGGGUUACCCCAUAGUAAAACCAACUUUCAACUGUGGUUUCGGGAAAAAAGGCAUCAUCGAUUAUGGUUAUCGUUUAAACAAGAGUGAAAAAUGGGAUACCUAUUGCUACAAUCCAACCGGGAAGGAAUGUGGCGGAGUACUAACAGAGACAGAGAGAAUCAUCAAAUCACCUGGUUAUCCCAAUGAAUAUGAGAAUGAACAAAUCUGUUAUUGGCAUAUACGACUCAAACUGGGACAGCGCAUUUACAUACAAUUUCUGGAGAUCGAUAUUGAAGACGACACGGAUUGCCUGUCUGACUACUUUGAAGUCUACGAUAGCUAUGAUGAUGUUUAUGGCCUUGUCGGAAGGUACUGUGGUGAUGAGCUUCCUGAUGAUAUAAUUAGUACAGGAAACGUCAUGACGUUAAAAUUCCUGACAGAUGCUUCCAUUACCGGAGGAGGAUUUAAGAUUAAAUACAGUGCAAUAGAACCCAUCUCAAACGAAACUUCUACUCUCGAAACACCGACUGAUUUUGUAUCUUAAGCUCAUGAACAGUUGAACAAAUCACCACGGCUCCAUUUUCAAGAGGAGUCAUCAGUAUCUUUGUAGAAAAACAUCCAUAACUUGAAAGAAAACAGGACUAGGAACAUUUUAGCUUUUACAGACCUUAAUAAAUUAUCUCUUAUAUAA